AUGGCGCCCAAAUCACAAGCACAAACGCAGCCUCAGGUUGGGAAGCGAAAGCCAACCAAAUCUUCAAGUCUCCACCGAACAGUCAGGCUUGAUGGGGAAAGAAUACCUUCAUCCUCAGCACCUUCAAGAAUGACCAGAAUGGACCCGCUGACAGCCUUCUCAAAAUCUGUAACGACUGUAUCCACAGUCAAUAAAAUCAACGCGUCCCAGUCUCAAGGUCAGAAGUUCAAAGGAAAGGGGAAGGCGAAAAUUCAGGAAUAUGAAAGCGAGAACAGUGGUGAAGAUGGACAAGCAGCUGGCUUUCUGUGGGUUGAUAAGUAUGAGCCCAUGACUGAGGCUCAAUUGGCGGUUCAUGCCAGAAAAGUGGAAGACGUACGGAGAUGGUUCGAUGAAGCCUUCGAGGGUGGUCCAUCGGGAAAGCUUACCAAGUAUAGGCGUAUACUAGUACUUACUGGUCCAUCUGGGACAGGCAAAACUGCAACAGUUCGUGUACUUGCGAAAGAGAUGGGAUUCGAGAUUAUGGAAUGGAAAAAUACGAUCGGCGAGGCCCAAAACUUCUUUAGCCAAGAAUCUAACACUUCGGACUAUGAAGGCCUCUUCACCAAGUUUGAAGCUUUUUUGGCCCGGGCAUCGACAUGCCAUAACAUCUUUGCCAGCUCCUCUGCACAAAAAUCGAAAAAUCGCCGAAUAAUUCUUCUAGAAGAUCUUCCAAAUAUCCUACACUCCAAGACACAGACUCAGUUUCACGAGGCAUUACAUGCAUUGGUGUCGGCGCAGUCAGCGAACCCUGUCCCUGUGGUCAUUAUCAUAAGUGAUUCAGGUUUGCGCGGAGAAGCGACCGACGAACGAAGAGCGGAAGCCGGGGGAUGGGGAUGGGGAAAGGACAAGACCCAAAUUAUCGACGUGCGGACUGUUCUUCCAAAGGAUCUCUUAGGAGGGCAGUUUGUGACAGAAAUAAGCUUUAACCCAAUCGCCCCUACAUUACUUCGGAAAGCUCUUCAAGCGAUGCUUAGCAUUCACUUUUCGAGAUCCUCAGCUAGUGCGCCGUCGAAGGAAGUUUUGGAUACCAUAGUAGAGUCUGCGAACGGCGAUAUCAGAAGUGCAAUAAUGGCUCUUCAAUUUGCAUGUAUAAUCGAGUUUCCGGGGCGCGGCAAGAAAAGGCUAGGUGAACAACGAAUAGUGCUGGAAGCUGUGACAAGGCGUGAGCAGAGCUUAGCACUUUUCCACUUAUUAGGAAAGGUCUUGUAUAAUAAGCGUAUGGGUGAUCCUCCAAGUGCCUCUGCCAGUGCGAAAGAUUUGCAGAAGGAACGCGACAUUGAUGCAGCACUUAAGCCGAGUGUAAAGCUUCCUGUACACUUGCACCAACAUGAUAGGCGGGCAAGUAGGGUAAAUGUUGAAUCCCUCUAUGCCGAUUCUCCCAUUGACACCUCAUUAUUUUCGUUGUACAUCCACCAAAAUUACACGCAAUUUUGCAACGAGGUUGAAGAAUCAGAAGAUUUGGCUGAUUGGUUGAGCUGGAUCGAUGCUAGUGGUGGAGAUAUGUGGUAUCAGGCUAAUCCUCAUCAGUUUCACUUGUUGACGUUGGGCACAUUGCAUUCACUACCUUCGCCGGUUCCACGACGUUCCCAGAAGUACUACAAGCCCGAAUUUUUUGGCUUCUUGCAAAAAGAAAAAGACGCCUGGGAUAGUGUUUGCGCUACUCGGGAUUGGCUAAUCGAUGACCUACUAUCUCGGGAUGGGUCUGGUUGGAGAGCUGGUGGAUGGACCAAGAACGACGUCGUACUGGAAGUGGGUGGCGUUCUCAAAGCUCAAGACGCAAUACAAAACUCCAAAUAUGCUCGGCCUCCUCCUCCUGUACACAAGCUUUUCUCGCAAAUGACAUUCACACGCACAGGGAACACCGUUCGGGCAUCUCAAUUAGACGAAAGAGACGACUUUCAAGCAGAUCAACAAUUGGGCCUUGAUCGCGACCUUGAUAUGGUAUCCCCGUCUUCGAUAUACAAGAUGGCAGAGGAAAAGGGGGGCUGGUUGGAAUCUGACGAUAUUGACGAAUUCUGA